GUAAAUAAGAUUUUAUUAUGGAAAAUGAAAAUAUCUCCUUGGUUAAUAAUUCACAUAUGAUAAGAAAUCAAAAGAUGGCUAAUUCAGACCCUUGCCUAAGUGCAUUUAACUAUGAGCCACCGGGACUAUUAUCGAAUGAUUCUAAGAUGGUAAUAAAUAAUCACGCUUUAUAUGCAGACGCAAAUAAUGCAGAAAACGCUAUGUUAUCUUCGGAAGUACACAAAUUCCCUAAUAAUUCUAAUGUCGAAAGCUCACCUAAUAUUCAAAUGCCUAAUAUUGAACAGUCAAUUGUUAUACCCCAUGGGCAAAAGCGAAAAAAUACUGUAAUGAAAGAUGAAAAUUCUUCUAAAAAAGGAAUGUUGACAAUCACAGAAGAAAAAAAAAAUAAUCAUCUGAGAAAAAAUAUUCGCGAUGUUAUGAAUGAGAAUCAUUUAGAUACAACUACACUUGCGGCGCAAAGAGAAGAGUCCGAAAGAUUAGCCAGAGUUGCAGAUCAACAAAAAUCAAUGAGAGAAAUAAGAAAAAAUGUCGUCCACAAAAAUUUUUUUCGCAUUUUGAACUUGGAAGGCGCUGAUGACUCUGAAGGUAGUGCACCUCAAACCUGUACCAAUAUGCCGAUUUUAUUGCCUGAAGAUGAUAUUACAUCAGUAACAUGUGAUGAAUCAAACAGUAGCUUAAGUUGCAGUAUUGAUGAUGUUUUAGAUAAGGAAGCCAGUACUGAACCUUUUGACGAAGUUGUUACCAUUGACGAUAGUUCUGAUGACGACUGCAUAUUGUUAUCUGAAGAAGAAGAUUGCAAUGAAAGCGAUGAUGCUACAAAUAGUGGAAUGCAUGUUAAAGAUAUUUAUAAUAUUCACGAUGAAUUUGGAAGAGUUGUUGUAAAUAUUGCACAUCCUGAAGGAGAAGAGACAUUGUACUUAGCUCCUCAAAUUGCCAAAGUAAUAAAACCUCAUCAAAUUGGAGGUGUACGAUUUUUAUAUGAUAAUAUAAUCGAAUCCACACGGCGGUUCAAUAAAUCAAGUGGCUUUGGCUGUAUACUUGCCCAUUCAAUGGGAUUGGGCAAAACUUUACAAGUUGUCUCCUUCUGUGAUAUAUUUUUAAGACACACCUCAGCAAAAACGGUCUUAUGCGUUAUGCCAAUUAACACGUUACAAAAUUGGUUAAGUGAAUUUAAUAUGUGGAUUCCUCGCCAGUCUGCUGACAGUAAUAUUCGUCCAAGAAGUUUCGAGAUAUUUGUGUUGAAUGAUCAACAAAAAAAUUUAACAGCUAGAGCAAAAGUUAUAUUAAAUUGGACUCGCAAUGGUGGAGUAUUGCUGAUUGGAUAUGAACUUUUUCGUCUACUUGCAUUAAAAUUAGUUACAACUCGUAAAAAGAGAGGGAAAAAGGCGGAAUUAAAUGACACCAUCGAUCCAAGUCAAGAUUUAAUGAAUUCGGUGUACGACGCUUUAGUGAAGCCUGGUCCAGAUUUAGUUAUUUGUGACGAAGGACACAGAAUUAAAAAUUCACAUGCUGGCAUAUCACUUGCUUUGAAACAAAUUCGAACCCGUCGUCGAAUAGUUUUAACUGGAUAUCCCCUUCAAAAUAAUUUAUUAGAAUAUUGGUGCAUGGUAGAUUUUGUACGUCCUAACUAUUUAGGCACUCGAACUGAGUUUUGCAAUAUGUUUGAGAGACCAAUACAAAAUGGACAAUGUGUAGAUUCAACUCCCGAUGAUAUAAAGCUAAUGAGGUAUAGGGCACAUGUCCUUCAUAGUUUGUUGUUAGGCUUUGUGCAACGGCGGUCUCACACUGUAUUGCAAAGCACAUUGCCGCAAAAAUUGGAAUAUGUUAUUCUUGUGCGAAUGACACCUUUUCAACGAAAACUUUAUGAUACCUUUAUGACAGAUGUUGUAAGAACAAAAGCAUUUCCGAAUCCCCUAAAAGCAUUCGCUGUAUGUUGUAAAAUUUGGAAUCACCCAGAUGUUCUAUAUAAUUUUUUAAAAAAAUGUGAGACUGAUUUAGAUUUAGACAUUGACGAAGAAUCUGCAAAAAAUGCGAAAAUCGCUGGCACAGAUGAAAGUUUGAAAAUUACGGAAAGCAUCCCAUCAAUACCAAUCCAGCAACAAAUAUUUGAGCAACAGCGAAAGGAUGCAAAAGACGAGAAAAACAAUAUUUAUACAACUGGUGAAAGCGCUGAUUUAAAUAAAGGCUAUUUCAACAAAAGUACUUCUGGACAAUAUAACAUGGAAAAAGAUAUCGAAUCUAAUUAUGGCCCCUACACUGAAGCAAAGAACAACUACUGGCUCGAUACAAAUAUACUUUCAAAGCCAAGUUACGUUGAAGUUUUAAAGCAGACUUGUUCUAAUGUUGCGAAAGAUUUUGAACCCAUAACUGGUUCUUCCGAAAUUGUAGACUUGGAUACAAAUGAAAUAAAAACAGUAGAGAGAAAUAUCCCGAUUAUAACUGUUAAUCCACAAAAAGAUAUUGAAUACUUGGAGGUUAAAGCAAUUGAAAAUACUAUUCCUAACAUGACAAGCGUUAAAGCUAAUGAAGGGAAUAGAAAAGCAUUAAGACCAAAGCGAAAUGACGAGUUUUCAUGUUCAUGGGCUUUAGAAAUAAUGAAAGAUUACGUGUCCGAGCAAAUAUCCAGUUCACCGAAAAUGGAAAUAUUUUUUUGUAUAUUACAAGAGAGUUUACGCUUGGGUGAUCGAAUAUUGUUGUUCAGUCAAAGUCUACUAACUUUAAAUUUGAUCGAAGGUUUUCUUAAAACAACCAUGGUACCAGGCAGUGCAAUCCCGUGGAUGCGAAACAGUUCUUAUUUUCGGUUAGAUGGUACUACUUCAUCACAAGAACGAGAAAGACUCGUAAAUGAAUUUAACUCGAAUAAGAAUGUAAAGCUUUUUCUAAUAUCUACAAGAGCGGGCUCAUUGGGUAUUAACUUAACCGGAGCAAAUAGAGUUAUUAUAUUUGAUGCCAGCUGGAAUCCAUGUCAUGAUACUCAAGCUGUAUAUAGAAUUUAUAGAUAUGGACAAACGAAGCCCUGUUAUAUUUAUAGAAUGGUUAUGGACAGGUGCUUAGAAAAAAAAAUAUAUGAUCGACAAAUUAAAAAACAAGGAAUGUCCGAUCGGAUAGUUGAUGAAUGUAACCCAGAGGCUCAUUUAUCUAUGAAAGAUGUCACUAAUUUAUGUCACGAUUACAACUCUGAUGAUGAAAAAAUUGAUAGUGGAAGUAACCACGAAUACAAUUUAAAUACUUUGCCUGUCAAACGCAGAGAGGAUAAUGUUAUUUCAACAGAAGCUUAUAUGGAUCCAAUUAUUAAUAAAAUUGUUGAAUUACAUGCAAAUUACAUAACAAAAAAUCCAUUUCUUCAUGAAAGUCUAUUAGUUGAUCAAAAAGAUAGAAAGUUAUCGCAAGCUGAAAAAAGACAAGCUCAUAGAAGCUAUGAACUUGAAAAGAAGGCUUCGGUUAAUCAGAAAUUGGCGUAUGCUCCUGGAAAAGUGCAAUAUAAAAUUGUUAACAACGAUGGAAUCGUUAUAACCCGACCCGUAGCAUCUAUAAAACCUCUGCCGAUGAAAUCUAAUAGUAACUUAAGUGGAGGUCGUUCUACACGUUGGAUUCCUGCCGAAGUAUGGCAAAGACAAGGAAUGACAGCUCAGGAAAUGACACUGCCACUUGAUGUUGUCAUACCGACAAAUUCAUCAGAUAAAUCAAAUAUAAUAUUAAAAGCUGGGCAACGAGUGAUGGUAUUGAAGUCUGUAAAAGGAAUCUACAUGCAAUUGGAGAGUGGAAAAAUUAUUGCCAUCAGAACUACGUCAAAACGACCAGAUGCUGAAAAAUGCAACAAAGACGAUAUAAUUGAUAUUACAUCUGAUGGCGAUACUGAAAUAUCGAAAUCCAAAGAACUAGAAAAAUCUUCUGGAGUUAACGUAUGUCUCGAUUCAAACAAGGAAUCAGUGCAAAUUGAACCAACGGAGCCACCAAUAAUUUUACAAGAGGAUUAUCAAAACGCUGAAAUUCAAAAUCCACAAAAUAAAAGCCAUGAUCAGGAGUUAGCAAGUAGCCAAGCUAGCAUAAAUCAAAUACCAGUAAAUGCGGAAGUUUCCCAACAACUUUAUAAGCACACACAAUUUCCCGCCAAUGACGCUUAUAAUAGUUCAAUUAAUGUUCAAUCAAAUACUCAAAUUCCACAGACUGUAAUACCGAAUAAUGAAUUAACAGAAAUUCCAUACUUUUCAAGUAAAAGUAGUCAACAUUCGUUUCCUCCUCAAUAUUAUAAUUACUAUGACAAUAAGAGCACACAUACAGCAUCACCUUAUCAUAUUAACCACUACUCUCCUUAUGGUCAUUUUAAUUUUGCACCAUAUCAUUCCAACAUUCAUUCAUCGGCUAUGUACAGCGGCAAUUCAUCAUAUAUAAAUUCAAGUAUGUUUCCGAGACAGCCCUGGAAUACAGCUCCAAACCCUCAGCCGAGCAAUGAGGCAGUGCGUCAACCUCAAUACUUGGGAAGUACAUACACAGUAAAUGAAUGGUCCUCACAGUAGAAAUUACCCACAUUAUUUAAUAUCUUUUUAUUGAUUAGAUUAGAAAAUUCUCUUAUGAACUAGCACUAUAUAAUACAUAAGAACGUGGAUUGUCAUUCCAAACAGACAAACUUUAUUUAUUUACAAAUAAAAUAUAAAU